AUGAUUCUGAAUCUGUUGAUUUCUGCUGCUUUAGCAGUCUGUGGAAUCGCAACAACGACGGACGCCGUCGAGUAUGAUUACGUUAUUAUAGGUUCGGGGCCUGGCGGAGGAUCGCUCGCUUCCAAUCUAGCAACGAGCGGGUACUCUGUUUUCCUCAUUGAAGCAGGUGGCGACGGCUCGACUGACUUUGUCGAGGAGAUUCCCUCCCUAAAUUCCGUUGCCGCUGAGAGCCCUCCUCACUCCUGGAGCUUCUUCGUUGAACACUACGCGAACAAGACUCAAGCUCAUCGCGAUCCAAAGUACGCAUAUCUGAGGGGCAAUGGGUCGUACUACGUAGGUCUUGACCCUCCAGUAGAUGCACAGCCCUUGGGCAUUCUCUAUCCGCGGGGUGCUACACUCGGUGGUAGCUCCCAAGUCAACGCCAUGAACUUUGCCUGGGCACCCGACAACGAGUGGGACUACAUCGCCAACCUCACUGGAGAUGGGACUUGGGGCCACGAGAACAUGCGAAAGUUCCUGAUAGAGCUCGAAAAUUGCACGUAUGUUCCCCAAGGUACACCUGGACAUGGCUACGAUGGUUACCUUGAAUCCAGUAUGAUGGAUCCAUUGAUAACGACUGGAAUCACAUCUGAGAAGGUAGGUCGCUUCGUGUCAUCGAUCAUUCGCGAGACCGAAGGCAUCGAAUCGGCAGACGUGCAGCAAUUGGCUGAGUUGCUCGUCCGCGACAUCAAUAGGGUCGAUCCUGAUCGCUACGCGAGUAAUCUGACGUUCUUGCUGCCGCUAGCUAUCUCUCCCACUAGUGGUAGUAGGAGCAGCAUCGGGAAGCAUAUCAAUAGCGUGGUGGAAGCUGGGUACCCCUUAACAAUCAGUCUUCAUUCGCUGGCAACAAGAGUUCUUUUAGAGCAAUGCGACGGACGGCCGAAAGCUAUUGGUGUCGAGUACAUGAUCGGAGAAGGACUGUACUCGGCGGAUCCCAGGUACAAUGCAUCGCAGCAACCAGAAGGCGUGCGGACUGUUAGAGCAAAGAAAGAGGUGAUUGUGGCGGGAGGUACAUUCAACACUCCUCAGAUCCUGAAGCUUAGCGGAAUCGGGCCUCGCGAGGAACUAGAGAGGCUUGAUAUACCGGUCAUCGUCGACUUGCCGGCGGUGGGCAACUUCAUGCAAGACAACUACGAAACACCUAUCCACGUACAGUCCGAAGUUCCGUGGCAAGAGACUGCAAAUGUAUCCUGCACCAGGACCUUCAACGCAUCGGACCCCUGCUUCGUUCAGUGGGAGACGAACGGGACUGGUCCCUAUUCCUUGUCCGGUGGGACAUUCUUCUUGACCUGGCGCAGCAGUGUCAGCUGGGACGAUGAUGCAGAUCUCUUUUUCCUCAGCGCUGCCGGCUGGGGUGAUUCUGGUUUCUAUCCCGGGUUCUCUCGCAGACAACCAGUACCGGAAAUGUGGGGAACCUCGAUCGUGAGGAUGCAGACUGCCAAUCCUUCGGGGAGUAUACAUCUUCGGUCCAGAGAUCCGCGACAAGCUCCGGAGAUCAACUUCAACUUCUUUGCUGAAAAUUCGGAAACAGAUUUACAAGCUCUGGCCGAAGGUGUCAGUCUAUUGAUGCGGGCGUACGACGAUACGGGACUGCCUUACACGGUGGUUUCGCCAAACCCGGCAGUCGAGAUGCAUCAAGCUCUUAUGGACGAGGCGUUCAGUCAUCAUGCUUCCAGCAGUUGUCGCAUGGGUCCGGCAGGAGAUCGGAGCUCCUGCGUUGACUCGAAAUUUCGAGUAAUUGGUGUAGACAACCUUCGCGUGGUUGAUGCCUCUGUCUUCCCACGGGUGCCUGGUGCGAUGCCGAACGGACCAACUUUUACGAUUUCUCGCAAGGCUUAUGAGGUGAUUCUGGAGGACGCUUAG